AUGGCCACGCUGAAAGAGCAACUUGCGACUCUGGUCGAGAAUUACUCGGCUUGUGAUGUAUCAGACGCCUUGGUAAAACUCCAAAACACACCACCAGGAAGCACAGCAAGAGCAGGGUACCUCGCAGACCUAGUCCCAUUCUCCCCAAUAACAGGCCGAAACAACACAACCCCCAAAAUCGCCGCCCCAGCGACAACAUUCAAAUUCAUCCCAAAGAAUUCCACCCCACCAAGUAUAGCAACAGACCAACGCUCAAAACACGGCUUCGAAGCCGGCAAGCACUGGGUUGACCAUGUAGGCGAAUACGCGGCGGCAGACCCAUCAGGCGCCGGGUCCAUUGUCGUUAUUGAACAGCCUGAUGAUCAGUUCUGUGCUGUUACUGGUGGUAUUAUGGCGACGAGGAUGGUUGCUGUUGGGAUUAUGGCGACUGUGGUUGGUGGGAGAGUUAGGGACUUGGGGGAGCUGAGGGAGACUGGACUUCCGAUUUGGGCAAGGGCUACGUCGACUGUUGGGACUAAUGCUGAGGCGAAGGCUGGGGCUCGUGAUGUGCCAGUUUCUAUUGGUGGUGUUACUGUUUCGCCGGGUGAUAUUAUCUUCUGUGAUCCUUUGGAAGGUGUCGUUGCCAUCCCUCGUGAAUUGCUGGGCCAGGUGCUUGAGAUCAUGCCCAAGUUGAUCGCGAUGGAUGACCAGGCUAAGGAAGCUGUUGCCAAGGGUAUGAGUGUUACGGAUGCAUUCAAGAAGUUUCGUUCAGCAUUGUGA